AUGGCGGACAAUCCGUCCAUCGAAUCACUCGAAGCACUGCAGGGUCUGCUCGACUCCAUGCAAGUGCCGAUACAGCUCAGCGCAGCCAUUCAAGAUCUGGGUAUCCUGUCAAUUCCGGAUUUUGCUUUUGCCUAUUCGAGCAUUUCCGAACUUGACGUGAUCUGCUCCGCGGAUUACCACAACAAGUUUGGGACGACGUGGAAGCUCCGCCGCGCCUUGCAAAGAGCCAAAGCCAUCACGGAAGCCUCGGAUGCCGCUGCACCAGCACCGCAGGCAUCAAGCACCGCCCCUCAACAGCUCAACGCUUGGGCUGAGCACGCGCCGCCGCGCCUAGACGCAUCCAGCAUCGCCCAGCUAGUCAAGGAUUUCCACCGCAACUAUCCGGGAGAACACCUGGAUGGGGACGCCGUGCCCAGCGUGCGUCUCCUGAGCAUCGUGCACCGCUGGUUUGUUCCGGGUAACAGCAUCAGCUGGGUUCCAUGGCAGCUCCGCCUUUCGGAAAGACAAUAUCAAGAAAUCAUUGACAGUCGCACAACUCGCACGCUGCGCUCUGAAGCGGCCUUUCUCAGCACUGCAUUGUUUGACGACACACCGGAGAUGCCUGUCGAUCAUCUCCGUCUCAGCCCCGCAUGGCUGGGGCGCAUUCAGACCAUCUUUCGCAACGCCGUCGCCCUCUGCAAAGGUGCACACCUGCAACGCCUUAAAGCAUACGACAAGAAAGUUCUUGACUGGGCCACGCAAACGCCCUCCGAUGCAUCGCUUCGCACAGUCUCCACUAGUGAGCUGGUUUCCGCAGACAGACGUCUCUGGCGCGAAAUUGCUUCGCUCUGCACAGCCGGCUGGACGCUGGAUGACGCCUUGCAUGAAAUGACCCAUGUAAGAUCAGAUAUAGGCAACCUCUUGCAAUUCCGGGCGCAGCCCCCAGCACCCCCGCCACGCCCGCCGCCCCGCCUCACCGACCCAAGCAAGGGUAGGCCAGGCAAAGGCAAAGGCAAAGGCAAAGGCAAAGGCAAAGACAAAGCAGGGACCCCGCUCACGCCGGGCAAACGCAAGCUCACCAACACUGACAGCGCAACGACUGUCAAGGACAGCGAUCUCAUCAAGCAGCACGGCGCCAAAACAUUUUGCAUUCGCUUCAACAAGGGGGUGUGCAAGAACCAGCAAUGCAAGUACCUUCAUGCCUGCGCUUUCCGCGUGCCAAACGGCGAGCCGUGCGGCAAGAAUCACCCUGCCUGCAAGCACCGCAACCCUCAGAUGCUGUCUUACCUCAAGCAUCAUAACCUUGUAGACACCAUAUGCCAACACCUCACCGCCGCCGCGGAGGAUGCUCCUCUCAGCGCUGAACAUGGGUCUGUGCUGGCAGAGUUGAUACGCAUCGAACUUGCACCGCACUGCGACCCCAACGCCUUUCAUAGCAUUAGCGAAGGUCAGCCCUUUCGCCUUCGAGUAUUGCAAUGCCUCGCCAGGGCCAUCCAGGACAAAGAUUCGGAUCUUCCGGUCCUCCUGGAAGAAGGAGUACCGACUGGGGCUUUUGAGCCCCUGCCUACUAGUGGUCAAUGGGUGCAGGCACAAUCGUCCCUAGACUUCAGCCCUGCAUCGCUGGAGCAUUGCAGGGGCGACUGGCUCGCAGCUGAAUCAAAUCCCGAACUGCUUGCACAGCUCGUACAGGAUGAGGUGGACAAAGGCUUUGUCAAGAAAUUCGAGGGCGACGAAGCUCAGGCCGCAUCGCACUGGCCCAACGGCACGGCCAUAGGAAAACUCAACAUAGUCACCGCGGAAGGGCGCAAUCCGCGCCUCGUACUUGACAGCUCGAUUUGUGGUUUGAACCCUUCCAUUCACUUGCCGGAGCACGUUGCACUGCCUACCGACCUUCACAGCGCCAAGGGUACACUGCAUAGCAUCGCACCUGGCAUGUGGCAGCUUUUUUACGAUGCCCUUGAUGAGCACGCCAAGCUCACACGCACGCCUGCAGGUACCUGGCUGCCCUGCCAAGCACAGCUCUUAGAGGUACACUUUCUCUGCUUCGCCCACGAACAGCCUCGAUCGCUUCGCACUGCCCCACGCAUGCAUUGCUACAGUGCGGCAGACGCUUUCGCCGACACAGAUAAAAUGGGCAUAGGAGGCUGGCUCAGCACAGCAACAGCCUUCGUUUGGUUCAGCGAAAUUUUUUCCGCUGAUGAAGUCAGGGCACAAUGGCCCCAGCUUCACGGGUCCAUGCAGCCCUAUAUCGGCUGUUUUGAGACGCUUGCACAGCUCUCCCUCGCACAGUGCUCCUGGCAGGAGCUCCGCAGCAAGCAUGUGCGCUUCGUCCGCUUCGUGCUACCCACUGCAUCGGACAACACUAGCGCCGAAAGUGGGCUGAACAAGCUUUUCAGCACUGCAGAGCCUCUUGGCACUUUUCUUCGCCUGGCUGCUACGUGGGCACACCUGCACCGGGUCCAGUUCGAAGUAGAGCAUCUGGCAGGUGAAAAGAACGUCUGGGCCGACAAGCUCAGCAGAGGCCGCCUUGGUUUCCUUUCGCACCGCUCAGGCGAGAGAGUACGCAUUGGCCUCGCACAACUGGCCUCGGCAUCGCAUUGCGUCACGCUGCAUGACAUGUCCAGGAAUUGGCCUUCUGGCCUUCGCAAGGCCCAGACAGCCAUGCUCCGCUGA